AUGGGGGUUCUCAUUGGGCGGCGUGAGCUCUUUGCCUUCGCGGAGCGCUACUCGUCGUACCGGCUGAAGGACUACACGGACCUGGUGGACGGCGUCGUGCUGUGCAGCCUCUUCAACGUGGUGUUCCCCGAACUGCGUAUUCGCACCGCCUCUCCGCAGACGCACACGCUGUCGCAGCGCACGCAGACAAAUUGGGCCGCGCUACGUGCCGCGCUAGACUCCGUUGGCAUUCCACAGUCGCUGCUUGACCAGGAUGCGCUGCUGAGGGGCGACGCAGAGAAGGGGUUCUCUGCACUUGUCCUCUUCUACUUUUUGUACCACCUCACGAAGCGCACCGAUUUUUCUGCGGAGUUCGCCACCGACGUGACGGAGGCACUCACGGAGUUCCUGCAGUCCAUUGAGUCUAUCGCCGCUCUUGUUGCUGGCGGCGCACUGCACCUCAGCGCGGUGCCACUGCAGUUGCAAGAACAACUCCGCAUUUUGCCUACUGGGCGGAAGAGCUGCGGUGCCCUGACACGAGAUCAACAGAGGAAAGGCCGCAGUGUGUCUUGCUCGGUGUCUUCUUCAGACGAUAGCGAUGCGAUUGAUGGAAGAAACCUUGAGAAGCAGCUAAGCUUUGGCUCGGAGAUGAUGUCUGUGGAUCGACGGCUCCCAGCGGAGGAUGCGAGGUGUUCCGCAUAUUCGCCUGACGAUGCCUCCGCUGAUGCAGAUCGUACACACCGUGUGCGCCGCGGGAAGAAAUGUAACAAAUUUGACCAUAGAAGCAGAAGAAUGAGCAGCAAUAGCAGUGACAGCGACGAUGACACCAUCAGCAGUAGCCAGGUGAAAAAAGGCGAGCAAAAUGCAUUGGAUGGUGCUGCGUUGCAACGUGAAGUUGAGCUGCAGCGAGCUCUUAAUUCCAAGACAGAGGAAUGUGAAGAGCUCAAGAUGCAGGGCGUGCAGCUGCUCGCCCAGAUGGCGAAGCUUCGCACAGAGGCAACUGUCAAUACAUCGUCAUCAUUGCCAAUCGAAAAGGAUGCCACUGAGCGAAGGCACGAGGAGGAGUCUCGGCGGCGACUGGAACUGGCGGAGGAAGAGAUUGCACACCUCCGCCGCAUCCUGCAGAACACGCGGCAGGAGCGUCGCAGGCAACUCUCGGCAAAUGACGUCUUGGAAGCGGAGCUGCUGGAGGAUAUAGUAGACACUGAGACAGGUGAGGUCGUGAACGUUCAUGAAAUCGCGACGCUUCUGAAUGGUGCGAUUCUCGACGCCCUGCGUGACUCACCGCGGCGACGACAGGAGGCACAGAAAUUGCUGUGGCUCAUCGUGUCGGCGUACCACGUGAUUGAGACGCGUCUUGUGACAGCGUGUGACGUGGCCGCCAUGGAAUGGCGUCACCUAAAAAGCGGUGGCGUCGUCGGUAGCAGCAGUAGUGACGGCCACAGCCCCCAAGAUUGCUUUUCGGAUCCGUGCUCUACGCCGAGCACCACCGCCAAGUUGGUGCACGCCCACCAGGAGGAAGUCUCACCCCACGCGUCGACGCCGUCUGCCACGGCAUCCGCACUGCAUGCACAUUUGUCGAAGAUGGAGGCAGAGAUGGAACGACGGCAGCGGCAGUUUGAAGGGAAGCUUGCUGAUCUACACAACAACGAAAGUGGCCUGCGCCAGCGCGUGCUUGAGCUGGAAGGACAGCUGCGCAGCUUCGCGCAGAAAGCGGUUGAGCGUGACGGCAGGUGGAAAUCACUCUGCGCGGCGCUCCACGAAGCGGAGCGGACGUCGUUUCGCAUCGCCGAGGCGGAGACAGCGACGGAGGUGGAACGGUUGCUGGCGCAGCGACAGUCGUGGUACGCCCGCGUAGAGGAAGGUUCUGCCGCACUGAUGCAGGACAACCUUGAAGAUGUCACGACGGGGGCCACCGGCGGCCACGACGUGUGCGAAGCGAUGCAGACACUCGUGCAGAGCGUCACUCAGGAGAGGGACAAGCUGCAGCGAGAGGUCGCGUCGUUGCGGCAAGAGGCGCAGGCUGCGUCGCUGCUUCUGGGGACGAAGGACAACAAAAGCAAGCUUAAGGACGACAUUCGCAGCCGUCUCGUGGAGCAGAGAGAGUACGAGGACGACGAGGUUUGGUUUGUGCGGGCCAACGCGCGGCCGCCAUUCACGCUGAGUUGUCCAUCAGUAAAGCAAACGCCGUCACCUCCACAGGCCGCCGCAAAGUCCUUGAAUGAGCAUGACAUGCUAGCACCGACGGGGCGGAAUCUUUCGGCUCUUUUGGCGUCAGUAACGCCGUCAAAGUGA